UAAAGAUGGCGGUCACGCGGAAGACAGGAGGAAAGUUCUCGUCUUUGGGAAUAUUCGCAUUGGUAUUAUACCUUCAAAUCUUUUCAGUGAGAUGUUCUACUCUACCACUAACAGCUGACAAGGUGCAGGUGAGCAUUAAAACUAAAACCGAUAACAUUAAAAAGAAUGUUGCAACCUCUCAAAUUGACAGUCAGUUGAAUGAAAAGGCUGAAGUGUCAACUACAUCAACAUCUCCUGCUACUGGCAACACCACUACCUCCAACCCCACCACCAAACCAUCAGCUGCUCCGACCUCUCCUCCUGUGACUACUGCUGCCCCAGUGAAAUAUUUGACCCUUCCAGAGCACGCCCAGCCUACCAAAUACAAUUCACAAGAGAUGACUAGUACAACUGCAAACAAACAUCCCACCCCUGCUGGAGAGACAACAGAGACCAUCUUUGAUUACGGGGGCAGCAUCCUUUCCCUUGGACCAAAUGGGCCACUUCAAGAUUACACAAAUGGCAAAGAUGAUGCUGAUGAUGGUGAUAGUGAUAAUUAUCAGAGUGUGCAUGACAGUCAGGUAACUCGAGACAACCAGGGCAUUGGGAAUGACCUGAUUCCUGGUAAUAAUAACCCUCCCUUCAAAAGCUCUGAGAAAAUUGAUGUAAACAUCAAGGACACAACCAUCUAUGCAACUCACAAUGAAGACUCGCACUUCUUUUUUCACCUCGUCGUCAUAGCCUUUUUAGUGGCCAUAAUCUACAUCACCUACCACAACAAGAGAAAGCUCAUGUUACUGGCUCAAAGUCACCACUGGAGGGAUGGCUUCUGCUCACGUGGUGUUGAGUAUCACAGACUCGACCAGAAUGUCAACGAGGCCAUGCCUUCACUCAAGAUGACUAAUGACUACAUCUUCUGAACAACUGCUUGAGUUUACUGAAGAAGAACGAAGAUGUUGUGUGCACAUGGUGUCUUAUUUAAUCAGGGGAGGAGUGGUUGUGCUAUGAUAAUUAUUUAUUAUAUGUGUGCUCGCUAAAGAAUGGUCAUUCCUUUUGGGAAUGUGUUUGGUUGUAUUUUGUGUUUUACUUUCUGCUUUCUUUGGUGUCUAUGAAUGCAGAUGUUUUACAAUGGUUAAUGUAACUGAUUAUUUUCGAGCUUUCGGACAUUUUUGUACUUAAUUUUGUAGACUUGAUCUCUGCGGAAUGAAUAUAAUAGAAAAUAAAAUAAAGGUAUAUCUGUGUAAAUAUUUGUUUAUAAUACUUCACAUUAAACCUAGAAUGAACAAACAAGUAAUUACGAUUUUCUCUGCCACGUGCAGUGCAGAAAUGUGGGACGUCAAUGUUGAAAUCUGCUCUGAAACACCAAUUUUACAUUUUGUUUUAACUCCAUCACAACAUUUGUCUUCUGAUUGCCUCUGUGAUGAUAUAUAUUGUCCAAAAGUAACUCAGACCUACCAGCAGACAUUGUGAGUAAUACUGCUAUCCAAAGGCAAAAUGCUGUAACUACACAUUUUGUCAAAAGAUUGUCAAAAAUUGCAUUUACUUUAAAAUACACACACAAAAAUCUCAGUUUCAGGAUGGUGUAGUUACUGCGUUUUGCCUUUUGAAAGAUAAUAGCUUAAUGUGUAUAUCUUGUAGCACAUACAAACUUCAGUACUGCAAAAACGUAAAGUUAAAGCUAAAUUUGAACUGCUGUGUACUUUGUAGCUUUUUCUGAGCUGGUCCCUCAUAUGUUUAUGUUCUGACUUCAGUGAAGUUGUUUUUCAAUGCACAUGCUGACCUGGAUUUUUCAUUGCCAAAGGUCUGGAGAUAUAGACAUAAACUGCUUUGUUUCCUUGUUUUAAAUCACUUCAUAUGAGUGUUUGCCCAAAUUCAAUAACUAUACCAAGGUUAGUCAAAAUAAUCAGACCAAUCUAGAGCUGGAUUGCUGCGGUUUAAACUCUUUAGUAAGUCUUCCUUUGGUCAUUUUUAAUAAUUAGAGCAUUUAUUAACUGAAUCAUGUCACUGUUUUAAACGAAGGCACAUGAAGGUUGUAUAGGUGCAUGCAGUAUGUAUAUGAUGAGAAGCUAUUGGGUUCUUUCAGUCAGUUGAAAUCAUGUUUCUUCAAUAAAGCACCCACUGUAAAGGAAUCAGUC